AUGGAGAGUGGAAUAAUCGUACCAAGGAGCGAUCCAAAGUAUGUCAUGUCAAUCAAAUUGACGGCUGACAUGUUGGAUAGACUCACCAACGGUGGUUCUGCAAUGCAGAUUCAAUUUAGCAAUAAUGAUAACAAUUUAAAGAUAAUCAUAGAUGAUGAAGAACGUCAAGUCAGUGCAACCAACGAAGCGACUCGAGGUGUAGUUAAAACAAAGACAAGUAGUACUACUACCACUUCAUCUUCAUUGCAGACUCGACGUCAACCAAAAGCAGGUGUUGCGUAUACGACGGCAAAGACUGUAACAUCUUCUUCCAUCCCACCCUAUAUUUCACAACCUUCUCCCGUGUCAUCAUCGUCGACGUUGGUACCACCAAUACCAAUCAACAACAACAACAACAACAGUCUAUCACCCGAUACACCAAGCCCUUCUUCAUCGUCGCUUGGAGGAUUGUCACCGACCAACAAUAGAAGAACACAUUCACCCAACUCCAACUCUUCGUCUUCAUCAUCGUCAUCUUCAACAUCAACGACCAGUCUCAAACAACCACCUUCAUAUGGAUCAUCAUCAUCAUCAAUGGGUGGAGCACCACUAUUACCCGAGUUUUCAAAUGUCACCAAUGCUCAAAAGUCAAACAAACUAGUGCCAACGAUGGUCAUUUCACCACCUGUUCCCUCUAUUCCUUCAUUUGGGAAUUCUCAUUCAAAUAACAACAAUAACAAUAACAACAAUAACAACAACAAUAAUAGUAGUGGAAACGAUAGAAUGGAUACUUCAUUGGAUUAUAAAAUGGAUACUAGUAGUGGUAGAAUGUCACAUACCUCUUCUCACAACAAUAGUGGUGGUUUUACAUCGAUACCAACUCCUGGGAACAACAGUUCACAAUCAACAAAAGUUUCACCUCCACCAAGAAGAUCAAGUUUCAAUAAUAAUAAUAAUAACAGGAAAUCAAUUGAUUUACCGGUCAAUACACCAAUCCCAUAUGGAUCGUCAUCAAUAUCUGGUAAAAAGAGUCCAACAUCAACCACCCCUUCAUCAUUAUCACCAACACGAAAUUCACCUUCCUUGUCACUACCGGUAAACAAACCACCACCAAAUAACAAAAUCAACAACUUACCAGUCAACAACAAUUAUUUAUCUCCUAUUACAAACAAAGCAACCAACAGCAGAGGUGGUGGUGGUGGAAGAUCGACAUCGCCAGUAUCUUUUUCAUCGUCUCCACCCAUUUCACCAAGAGAUCCAAACAAUAUCAACGAUCCAAACAUGUCACGGCAUUCUCAUAUAAAGAAACAAGCACCACAAACGAUAUCUCUCCCUCAAAACACUCCACCACCAGCCCCAUAUAAACCAUCAGCACCACAACCUUCAUCAUCAUCAACAUCAUUCAAUACUAACAAAUCAUCAAAAACCCAACAAUCAACAAAUGUACCUAAAAACGAACAACCCAAGAUUAACAAAAAUGAACCACAACAACCACAACAACAACAACAGAUUAAUGGUGGACAUAAUAGUCAAACUAUUAAAACAAAUAAUCAAAAACCAAAAAGUAGUAAUACUACUAGUAGUUCUACCACUGGUACAAGUAGUAGUAGUAGUAGUAGUAGCAGUAGUAGUAGUAAUAGUCAAUAUCAAGUUGUAUAUGAUAAUACCAAUCAAAUGAAACCAUUCGAAAUUAAAGAUGAUCAAGACUAUCGUAAUUUAUUACAAGUCUCACAAAAGAAAUAUCAUCAAUACGAAGAGAUACAUAGAGUCAUUACAAAGGAUAUCGAUAUAUUUAACAAGUUGAAAACAAGAUUGGAAGGGUGUAGAGACCCAGAAGAAAAAGAAAAACUAAUUGAAGAGAUUCAAUUGGAAUAUGAAAAGAGAGGAGAAAAGGUAGAAAGAUUAAAGACUGAAUAUCAAAGAUUAGAAGAAGAAUUACGUUCUUUAAAGGGAACUUUAAAAGAUUAUCAAUUAUUUCACAAUAGUAACAAAAGUAUAUCUUGA